AUGAAAGUGCCUGCCGCCUGCCUCGUGUGCUUGCUGCUGCUGUGCCUGGCCCUGCCCAAUGCCGGAAGCAGAAUCGUUGCGCGGUCCAUGGAAAUCAGAAAUCCUGAUAUCGAUCCUUCCUGGUACACGGGGCGAGGGAUCCGGCCGGUGGGACGGUUCGGCAGGCGGAGGGCAGCCGCAGAGAGCGUCCAGAAGCUGAGAUUCGGGCACCCGCAAGCUUGCUUCCCUAUAGUGGAGAGCAGUGAAUCUGCACAAGAUGAAUGA